AUGGACCCCAUUGACAUAGCUGCCAAUGAGGAGCGCAAGAAGCUCGCCUACAAGAACAGGUGGAGGACGAUAUUUUCCAACCCCAAGAUCCUCGUUAUUGCCUUUUUCGCCUCCUUCGGUGGUUUCGAAUAUGGCUACCAACAAGGCGUCCUCGGCCAGUCCCUAGUCAUGUACCGAUUCAAGGACCACUUCCCCUCCGUCGUCCAGUCUUCCAGCGCCACCGGCUGGCUCACCUCGGUCCUGCAGCUCGGCGGUAUCGUCGGAUCCCUAAGCGCCGGCGUGCUAGGCGAGGUGUUUUCCCGAAAGUAUACCAUGUUCUCCGCGUGCUGCUGGGUCGUCCUCGGAAGCUAUCUCUACUGCGGAGCCACGUACCAUAACCCUGCCAUGCUGUAUGCUGGAAGAUUCUUCACCGGCUUGGGUGUCGGGACCUUUAGCGGCGUCGGAGCGCUCUCUGGCCCGGUCCUUCCCGCCCUCGGCGACGGCGAGCAGGUGAGCCUCUGGAGGCGAGAGAUGGCUCAGUACUACAACAUUAUCCGCACCCGCGACAAUUUGAAGCGUGUCGCUACCGCCUGGCUCGUCAUGUUCUUCCAGCAGUGGAGUGGCAUCGAUGCCAUCAUCUACUACGCCGCCAACGUUUUCGAGAGCCUCGGCCUGACCGGUGGAACUACCGCUUUGCUUGCUACCGGUGUGACGGGUGUCGUCUUCUUCGUGAGCACCCUCCCCGCCAUGGCUAUUAUCGACAAGGUCGGCAGGAAGCCUAUGCUCUACGUCGGCUCAGUCGUGAUGCUUGUCUCCAUGGUCAUUGCCGGUGUCAUCGUGGCCAAGUUCCGCCACGACUGGGUUUCCCACGCUGCCGCGGGUUGGGUUGCCGUGACCUUCAUCUGGAUCUACGUCGGUGCUUUUGGUGCUACCUGGGGUCCCGUAUCCUGGACUCUCGUCUCGGAAAUCUUUCCCCUGUCGAUUCGCGCGAAGGGUGCUUCUAUUGGUGCUUCUAGCAACUGGCUAAACAACUUUGCCGUCGCCUUUUUCGUCCCUCCCAUGCUCGAGGCCUGGGCCUGGGGCACCUACAUCUUCUUCGCCGUCUUCCUCGCCGCCGGUAUUGCCUGGGUCUGGUACUUCCUCCCCGAAACUAAGGGCGCUACUCUGGAGGAGAUGGACCGUGUGUUUGGUAGCAAAGUCGGUGAGGAGGAUGCCCGCAUGCUCGCCCAAGCGCGUCGGGAUGUCGGUCUGGACCAACGGUUGGAGAAGACGCUCGCCGAAGACACGGCGGAGCAAGACGGCACAAGCGUGGAGAAGGCUUAG